AUGAAGAAGACGCUCCGACGUUACGUUAACCCCAAGAAACAAACGGUGGAGGGCUUGAUUAAAACUAUGUUGGGACAGUGGAAGAUGCAGGAGAGAGUGGUGGCCAAUGAUCUUGGACAAGGGAAGUUUUUGUUAAACUUCGAGACUGAGGAUGAUCUAAAUUCCGUUAUCCGUCAAGGACAAUUUCACUACAACUUUUGUAUGUUUGUGUUGGUUCGAUGGGAGCCCGUGAUCGACGAUGAUUACCCGUGGGUCAUUCCCUUUUGGGUUGAAAUUAUUGGAAUUCCUCUGCAUCUUUGGACGAUAAAAAAUCUUGAGAAUAUCGAACGGAGGCUUGGUCAUAUUGACACGGUGGAACUCUCGGUUGGUCGUAUGCUAAUUGAGGUGGAUACACGGAAGCCGUUGACUUUCACUCGGAAGGUUUCGUGGAAAGGCAAGGAGGUAUCGAUAUUUAUACGAUACGAGAAGCUGUUUAAGCAUUGCCCGCCUUGUGGUAUGCUGACGCAAGAAGCGGCAUAUUGUCCACUGAAAGCAAAGUCGGAGAAAUCUGAUGUUUUUGAUCGGGUUCAACUUCCGGACAGUGAAUCAUCUCGUCAGCCAUCGUUGCGAGAUCAAAAAUCCCAGGAGCGGUAUGGUAGCUACAAUCGAGUGGACCAUUACGGUCAAGAGGAAGAAGGUAGACGAGAUACCUACUAUCACUCACGGAAUGGAGCAGCUACCGGACUACUGAGAGACGUUCAAGCUGGAUAUCUACGCAGUAAUAACAUCAGGGAGGAUCCAAUGAGAAGGAACGGUGGCAAGAUAAGCAGAUAUCACUCUGGCUUUAACAGAAAUACAACAAGGUACGAGCCGUAUCAGAAGCAAAAGUCUCACGUGUGGAAGAGGAAGGAGAAGACGGAGGUGAGACCGGAUAGGAGGGAUGAUGGAGAUGCGGCUAUGGUGUCUGAGAAAUCCUCUGUGCUGCUCGAAGGUUCAAAAGAAGUGAUACCCACAAUGACGAUUCAAGAGAGAGGGAGUGGAAGGAGAUUGGCGAGUAAAAUCAUCUCUCCGCUGCCCCAAGAUGUUAAUGUGACGAAGAGAGUGAGGUUGCAAAAUAUCACCCGAACUCUAUCUUUCUCUCCUAAGGAGAAGAUACCGGAGCAGGUGGAGGAUGAGCAGGUAAUUGGAGCCUUGAAUGAUAUGAAGCUUGCGGAUAUAAACAUGAUGGAAGAGGAGGAACACGGAGAGCCUAUGCUAGCAGAGGAUCCUAAUGAUGAUUUACUUGGAGAAGAUCUUAUGGAGAUGGAGGAGGAAGCUAAAAAGGUGAGGACGCAAGGGAGGGUACGGACGUUGAGAAGGGAAGGGAUAUUGUAA